AUGAAUAUCUUUUUAACUUUUCUAACGUUUUUCCUUCUCACUUCACCAACGUGGGGGUUGAACUAUUACGCCAACAGUACCGUAGUUACAACUCAAGUAACAGUAACUGAUUUCACAACUUAUUGUCCCGAGGAAACUACUGUUACAAUCACCAGUUGUAAGAAUCACGUUUGUUCACCCACUACUAUCGUGGUUACGGAAGAAACUACACUUACUAUAACUGGAGAGGUUGUGUGUCCUACAACCAUCACUAAUGGUGUAGGAGAAACUACAAAAACUCCAGACAAGAUUGCUGAUGGUGCUACUACUACCCAUUAUUAUACUGUUACUGACUAUACCACCUAUUGUCCCGAGUCAACUGUUUUCACUGUUACAAAAUGCAACAAUGGCCUUUGUCAUCCUUCUCCCAUUACCGUUACUGAACCAACAACAGUUACCGUUACUGGUGAAAUAGUAUGUUCUACUCCUCCACCAGAAAAGACCCUUUCUACCACUACUUAUACAAAGCAAGCAAUUAUAGGAGGAACCACAGUGUAUCUUACCAAGACUGAUUACACCACUUAUUGUCCAGAAAGUACCGUGCUUACAUUGACCAAGUGUGUGAAUCAUCAGUGCACCCCAACACAAAUCCUGGUAAGCUCAGCACAAACCAUAACAGUUACUGGUGAAGUUAUUGUUGAAACAGUUACAGGUGGUGAUGUGAUCACUCAUGCAACAACAAUCACAUCAGUUGUUGUUCCUACACCAAUCGCUGAAACAAAAGUCUACACAACAAAGAGCCAAUCAGUCCACACAUCAACAAUCACUCAAACUGGUUACACUACAUAUUGUCCAUUGCCAACUGUGUUAACCUUGACAACUUGUGACUACAAAGAAUGUCAUCCAACCACCUAUUCCGCAACGGGUGGUGAGACAGUAACUCUUAGUAAUACAGUCUUACAAACAACCUUGUCAUCAUCAGAAGUUGAAGUUACAGUCACUUCUGUAUCACCACCACCACCACCUGCUACUACUACUACAGAUGAGGACGAUAUCGGUGUCACCGUUUUCCCUAAUGUGAUUUCGGUAGGUGAAAGUGCCGCUGCUAUUGCUCAUGUUGGAACUAAAGAAACCCCAUCACCAGUCACUUUGAAAACAGUUGCCCCACAAUCUACUUCUCUUGAACAAGUGCCAGGAUCGGCUGCAGCAGUGACUAACCCGGCAACACCUGAAGUCUAUGCUGGUGGUGCAAAUUCCAUUUCUUUCGGUUUACAUUUUAUGCUACUUUGUCUCGCAUUUGCUUCCAUUAUUUAUUAA